GAAAAGGAUUGGAAGUUGCGACGUUCUCAGAAACUUGACAAGAUUGAACUGCUCAACCUGCAGUCCAGUCUGCAGAGCGAGAUCCAAGCCAAACAGAGUGUGAUGGAAGAAUUGAAAAACAUUAAGGCUAGCCAUGUCGGGACUGAAAGUCGGUUGGCUGAAUCAGAAAGCCGCAACAAGGAAUUGCUGGAGGAAGUUGAGAAACUUAAAGAGACUAUCAAAGAAUUGAACUUGAAAGUGGAUGAUGCAGGGUCACCGAACCGUCCCGACUCGCAAAUGUCAUUCCUCAAUUUCCUCAAGGAGUCUUCAAAGACAGAAUGUCUUGAAGAGGUAGGCGGCUUCUUCCAAAGUACUUUUGAUUUUGAG